AUGCCGUCCCUCGUCCUCAAGGUGCCAUUUGAAACCCAGAAACAAGCCAUAAUAGCUCGCAACUCACUAUCACCCGAUCCAGUGCUCAAGCUGAACGAAUUGAACAUCACAUUUGAAGUAGAUGAGAAAACAUUGGUGUGCAAAUUUGCAGGUAUCAGCGACAGAGUCAUUCGAGUCUCCAUAAGCAAUGUCAUUGACAAUCUAAAGACUGUUGUUGAAUGCUUUGAUGAGUUUGACGGAAAGAAGAGCCACACGUGGGAGUUGGACGAGAAUAUCAAAACCAACGGAUGA